AUGAAGUACUGGUUAUAUAUACUUUCUUGCUGCUCCUUGGUGGCCAGUACAAUGGAAUCCAGUUCGGAUUGGGACUUGGCGGAAGCUCUGGCUCAAGUGGUGGCCAACUCGGAAAUGGGUCGCUUCAAGACCUUGUACAUAUACACCCACACAAAUUCCCAGUCAACUGGUGGCCAUUUGGAGGAGCUGCUUGACCAGGUGCUGAUGAUUGUGCCUAACAAUUUGCAGGCACGUAGGCUCUUGCUCCAGCAGUCCAUGGAGUAUAAACCAUAUGUCCAUGCUGUCUUGGCUCUGGUCGAUGGUCUUCCGUCUCUUUCGGCGAUCUACGCUCGGAUUCGAGCCACCCAGGAUUUGUCGCACACACUGAUAUACAUGUCCAUGCCCACGGAUGCAUAUGGUGAGGAGAUGCAGGCGACCCUUCGAUUUCUGUGGCGACUAAGUGUACUGAACGUGGGCGUAGUGCUGCGUCCACCUGGCGAUCAUAUCCUCAUGGUCAGUUACUUUCCAUUCAGUGCGUUACACGGCUGCCAGGUAAUCUCGGCCAAUGUAGUAAAUCGCUACCAAGUGGGCACAAAACGUUGGGCUAGCCAAGAUUAUUUUCCUAGCAAGUUGGGGAAUUUCUAUGGCUGUCUUUUGACCUGCGCCACUUGGGAGGAUAUGCCCUAUUUGGUUUGGCGUCCCGAUGGCAGUGGCAGCUUUGUGGGCAUCGAGGGUGCUCUGCUUCAGUUCAUGGCUGAAAAUCUAAAUUUCACUGUGGGUCUCUAUUGGAUGAACAAGGAGGAGGUGCUGGCCACUUUCGAUGAGUCGGGCAGAAUUUUCGAUGAGAUCUUUGGCCAUCAUGCCGACUUCUCCCUAGGUGGAUUCCACUUCAAACCCAGCGCUGGCAGUGAGAUUCCCUACUCCCAGUCCACCUACUACUUCAUGAGCCACAUCAUGCUGGUGACCAAUCUGCAGAGUGCCUACUCCGCCUACGAGAAGCUGUCCUUUCCCUUUACUCCGCUUCUGUGGAGAGCCAUUGGCUUGGUCCUGAUCCUGGCCUGCCUGCUCCUCAUGCUGCUGGUGCGCUGGCGACAUCACCACGAAUUGCCAAGGAAUCCUUACUACGAGCUUUUGGUCCUAACAAUGGGUGGAAAUCUGGAGGACCGAUGGGUGCCACAAAGGUUUCCCAGUAGAUUGGUAUUGCUCACUUGGCUGUUUGCCACCUUGGUCCUUAGGAGUGGCUACCAGUCGGGAAUGUAUCAGCUGCUAAGGCAGGAUACCCAAAGGAAUCCACCGCAAACUAUUUCGGAGGUGCUGGCCCAGCAUUUCACCAUUCAGUUGGCUGAGGUCAACGAGGCAAGAAUCCUGGCCAGUUUGCCGGAAUUGAGGCCCGAGCAAUUGGUUUAUCUGGAGGGCAGUGAGUUGCAAUCCUUUCCGGCUCUGGCCCAGCAAAGUGGCUCAUCAGCCCGGGUGGCCAUUCUUACGCCGUACGAGUACUUCGGUUACUUUAGGAAAGUGCAUCCAAUGAGCAGGAGAUUGCAUUUGGUUCGGGAACGCAUCUACACCCAGCAGUUGGCCUUCUAUGUAAGGCGUCAUUCGCAUUUGGUUGGUGUGCUAAACAAGCAGAUUCAACAUGCCCAUACCCAUGGAUUUUUGGAGCACUGGACGCGGCAGUAUGUCAGUGCCGUUGAUGAGAAGGACGAGAGUGUGGCCAGGAUAGCCUCCACAUCUUAUAGCACCCUCGAUGGCAUCGAUGGCGACCCGAGUCUAUCGGAGUCGGAGGAGGACCAGCAGGUGGCUCCCGUUCGACAAAAUGUACUCUCAAUGCGGGAACUGGCUGCUCUCUUUUGGCUAAUCCUCUGGGCGAAUCUUGGAGCGGUGGUUGUCUUCGUUCUGGAAUUGCUGUUACCCAGAAUAAAACUUAGGAAAAUAUUAAGGAAAAUGAAAAGUGACAUAAAAAAGCAAAUUUCUAAGUUGGUUAGAAAAUAG